CUGCCACCCACCAGAUGAAUCGUGGAGAAGAAUCCCAGAUGAUAACCACAGAGGAGGAGCUCCUGGAUGAGGAUGCUGCCCAGGUGGAAAGGCUGAGGAGGACGCUAAGAGCUCGGAGACAGAGCAGAAAGAAGGCGCUCCCGGAGGCUCUAAGUCCCACCAAGCCGCGGGCUGAGGAGACAAACGGCGGCAGCAUGGCGGCAGCCCCGCCCGGCGCUGCCCCCCCGGCCCUGCGCGACUUGCCACCUGCUCCUUCUACAUCAAGGACAACAGGCUUGGCAGAAUCUUCUGUAAGGGAGCGAGUGAGAGAGAAACUAAAAGCAGUAAGGUCAAAAACAGACACUAAUUUAUUGCAAAGACCAAGGCGUUUAAAAAGCCUCAGAGAAAGGAAAACAGAAGUCAAACUGGAUAAACUGGUCCAGAAUGAUUUUCCUUCUGCUGAAGAAGCAUACAAUUUUUUCACCUUCAAUUUUGAUCCUGAACCAGAGAAUAUAAAGACUGAAGCCAGGAAAAGAAACGAAGAAGAGGAGGCAGAAGAAGGAUGUGUAGAAACCCUUGAGGAUGAACAAGUGGAGGAUAAAACAGAUGAAGAUGAACGCCUGGUUAAAGAUAAUGAUUUAUUCAUUAUAGGACAGACAGAUGAGGAUAUUAUAGUAAUGAAACCUGCUGAAUGUGAAAGCUACUCUGAGCAGCUGAAAAAGGAAAAAGACUUUCUCUUCAUUCCCAGCAUGCUAAGAGUGCCUGCUUCUGAGAAGAUACCUGAAAACAUGCAGCCCAGGUACCUUGAGGAUGAGGGUAUUUACACAGGAGAAAGGCCAUUUGUAUCACAGUCUAACCAAAAUAUUUUAGAAAACAGAAUACUCAGACAGGAGCGAGGGAAGGAGUGGUUUGGUGAUGAUGGCAAAAUCUUGGCAUUGCCCAAUCCAAUUAAGCAGUCUCCUACCAGGCCUCCAAUAUUCUCACUGGAAGAAGGCAUUGCACCAGAACUUGAGACUGUGUAUACAAAGGCAAUAAAAACGACAGUGGCCAACCAGUAUCUUGUUGGACCUGGAGAGUCUCAGGGGCCAUUUCAAUUGGAUAUGGAUAUUUCUGGGCUCAUAUUCACCCAUCAUCCCUGUUUUAGCCGUGAGCAUGUGCUAGCAGCUAAGCUGGCUCAGUUGUAUGAUCAGUAUUUAGCAAGAAAACAGAAGAAUCUUACUGAACUUCUCACAGGCAAGCUGCAUGCUUUGAGGAGUGCUGUACAAUGCAGCACAGAGGGUGGUGGUGCUGGUGCUCCCAGUCCUGUGGCACAACAGAGGAUACCUGAAUACAAAAUUGAGAUCAGGCAAACCAGAAGACUUCGUGAUGCUGAACAAGAAAAAGACAGAAUGUUGCUUAAGACCAUUAUAAAAGUUUGGAAACAAAUUAAAUCCCUCCGUGACUUUCAGAAGUUUACUAACACACCCCUGAAGCUUUAUUUGAGGAAGGAAGAGGUUGAUCAGAAAUCAGAUGAAAAAGCAUAUGAAGCAGAAAUUCAGGCUGAGAUAAGUGAAUUACUAGAAGAAUGUAUGGAAGAAUAUGAGAAGAAAAUGGAAGAGUAUGAGACUGAGCUACAAGAGUGGAAAUCCUGGAAAAAGACUCAGAGGUCGAAGAAGAAGAAGAAGAAAAAAGACAUUCAAGAAGAAGAAUCAGUAGAAAAUGGUGACGUUGAAGAACGUGUAAAACCCAUCCCACCCAAAAUGGUCAAUAAUCUGGAAAUUGAGCAGCAGGUUAGAGAAAAAGCUGACAACUGCAGAAGGAAACCUGGAGAGCCUGCUGUAAUUCCUGAGCUGGUCCUGUCAGGAAGCAUAACCCCAACUGAGCUCUGCCCUCGAGGAGAAGUUUUGAGACGAGAAGAUGUGAAGAAACGCUCAGUGUAUACAAGAGUCCUUUUCAACUCCAAAGAGGUAUCAAGGACUGUUACCCGACCAAUAAGCUCAGAUUUCAGAGUUCACUUUGGACAGAUUUUCAAUUUACAGAUAUUCAACCUGCCAGAGAGUUUGAAACUACAGAUCUAUGAAACAACAGGUAUGAGCAGUAACACCUUGUUGGCUGAAGUGUUCAUACCUGUUCCUGAGACUACAGUUCUGACAGGCAGUGCUCCUAUGGAAGAAAUAGAGUUCAGCAGCAACCAACGAGUGAUGUUGGACCAUGAAGGAGUUGGGAGUGGUGUGUCCUUUUCAUUUGAAGCUGAUGGUAGCAACAAAAUGACUUUAAUGACCUCUGGGAAAGUAUUCAAUAGUGUUUCUUGGGCAGUUGGAGAAAAAGGAAUCCCAUUAAUUCCUCCAGUAUCUCAGCAAAACACAGGCAUUCCAAGUGCUUUAAAAAAUAUUGAUGCUAUUGCAUCCAUUGGCACAUCAGGCUUAACUGACAUGAAGAAACUAGCUAAGUGGGCAGCAGAAGCAAAAAUUGAUCCAAAUGACCCCAACAAUGCAGCUUUGAUGCAGCUGAUCAUGGUUGCCACAAGUGGAGAGGCACAGGUUCCUGAUUUCUUCAGAUUGGAACAAUUGCAGAAAGAAUUCAAUUUUGUUUCUGAUGAGGAAUUUAAUAAAUCAAAGAGAUUCCGACUCUUGCAGCUCAGAAAUGGGGAAGUGGCAGAGUUCAGAAACUACAAGCAAGUCCCCUUGUAUGAACGAGAAAUCAGUGAGAAAGUAUUCCAGGACUACGAGAAGAGGCUGCAAGAGCAGGAUGUGAUUGACAGCAAAAAUUACCUAGAUGCACACAGAGCAGUUGUUGCCAACUAUCUACAGAAGGUUCGGGAAUCGGUAAUUAACCGUUUCCUCAUAGCAAAACAUCAUUUCCUUCUGCCUGACCUUGUCACUGAAGAUGAGAUGCCCAGCCUGGGGCUUUUGGGACUCAGCCUCUUUAAACUGACAGAGACAAAACGACCAUUAAAGCCAAGAAGAAAAGAAAGGAAGAAGGUCACAGCACAGAACUUAUCAGAUGGAGACAUAAAGCUGUUAGUGAACAUCAUUAGAGCUUAUGAUAUUCCAGUGAGAAAAUCAGCAAUGAGCAAACUUCAACAACCAUCCAAAUCUUCAAGGUCCUUUAAUGAGAUGUUUGCAGCCUCUCCAUCCCCUCAGAGCCCAGCUGACAGCCCACACUGGGCAUUCAACCAGGUUUUAGUCCGCCCUUUCGUAGAGGUCUCUUUCCAGCGCACAGUCUGCAGGACAACAACAGCAGAAGGUCCAAACCCCAACUGGAAUGAGGAGCUUGAGCUUCCAUUUAGAGCUCCCAAUGGUGACUACAGCACCCACAGUUUGCAGUCAGUGACAGAUGAAGUCUUCAUUAAUCUUUUUGAUGAAGUUCUUCAGGAUGCUGUAGAGGAUGAUCAUGAAAGAGGAAGUGGAAUCCGCACUCACGUUGAGAGACACUGGCUGGGAUGUGUUAAGAUCCCUUUUACUACAAUUUAUUUUCAAGCAAGGAUUGAUGGUACAUUUAAGGUGGAUAUUCCUCCAGUUCUUCUUGGCUACAGCAAAGAGAAGAACACAGGAAUUGAGAGAGGUUAUGAUUCCAUGAGAAACCUGAGUGAGGGCUCCUACAUCACCCUGUUUAUUACCAUUGAACCACAGCUCAUUCCCGGAGAGUCAGUCAGAGAAAAGUUUGAUACCCAAGAAGAUGAGAAAUUGCUCCAGGCAGCAGCAAAGUAUGAAGCUGAGUGUACAUCAAAGUUCCCAAGCCGCCAGUGCCUAACAACUGUCAUUGACCUCAAUGGGAAAACAGUUUUUAUUACCAGAUACAUCAAACCUCUGAAUCCACCACAGGAGCUUCUUGAUGCCACCUCAAAUAGUUCUCAAACAGCAGCAGAACUGGUGGCUCGAUACGUUGCUUUGAUCCCUUUUUUGCCAGAUACUGUGUCAUUUGCUGGAAUCUGUGAUUUGUGGAGUACCUCAGAUCAAUUUCUUUACCUUCUGGCGGGAGAUGAGGAAGAACACGCUGUGCUCUUGUGUAAUUAUUUUCUUGGAAUGGGGAAAAAAGCCUGGCUUAUCAUUGGAAAUGCUAUUCCUGAGGGAGCAACUGCAUAUGUAUUAACUUUGGAACAAGGUCGAUACAUAGUCUGGAAUCCAAGUACUGGAUGUUUUUAUGGGCAGUAUGAUACUUUCUGCCCUUUACAAAAUGUGUACUGUCUGAUCAGCUCUGAUAAUAUUUGGUUUAAUAUGCAAGAACAUGAUUCUCCAGCACGGAUCAGUUUUGAUAUCAACAAGCCAAAGUUUUGGAAAUCUUUCUUUUCAAGAAGCUUGCCCUACCCUGGUCUCUACAGUGUUCAGCCUGAAGAAUUAGUUUAUCAGCAUUCAGACAAGGCUGCUGCAGUGGAGCUGCAGGGCAGGAUUGAAAAAAUAUUAAAAGAGAAGAUUAUGGAAUGGAGGCCAAGGCAUCUCACUCGUUGGAACAGAUACUGUACCUCUACCCUGAGAAACUUUUUGCCCCUGCUGGAACAAAACCAAGGCAAAGAUGUGGAAGAUGAUCAUCAGGCAGAGCUACAAAAACAGCUGGGAGAUUACAGGGUCUCUGGAUUCCCUAUCCACAGGCCAUUUUCUGAAGUUGGCCCUUUGAUAGAAGCUGUGCACAGCACAGGAGUUCACGCCAUCAGUGCUUCCAACGUGGAAUUUGCUCUGGCUGUGUAUAUCCACCCCUACCCCCAAAAUGUUCUCUCUGUAUGGAUUUAUGUGGCUUCACUUGUACGAAACAGGUAGCAGGGGCCAGUCAGGGUACUUCAAGAAAUUCCCUUGUUAAGGGUAAAUUUAACAGAUUUCUCAAGCUGCUGAUUUUUAGCUACCCCACCUCAGAACCUGGGUUGGAGUAGCUGCAAACAUAGGUGCUGGAUUCACCUUACAGCCACUGAAAAUACAUUUUACAGCUAAGGAAGGGGCCAACAGCUUAAAAUUAAUUAAAGAGUUGAUUUUUAUACAGAAUCUUAUAGCUCCCAGUGGGACAGGUGUCCACUCUGACACUGCAGAGUAGAAAGGCACUUUGCCCACCUUCUUUUUAGGUGCAACUUGGUUCCUGGAAUCAUCCCUUCAAGCCUGUUUUUAGCUAGUAAGUUUAUUUUGCCUACAAACCUUCUUUAAAGACACUGUCAUUGUUACACCUGUUUUCUAGUACCUGAGUUUCUGAACAAAGACCAAGUCUUUAUACCCAUGAAUAAAUUCCAUGCACCAGAAAGUCAUGAGUGAAGGCCACACUUUAAUUUUUAAAGAAGCUGCUGGUCCUUCACAUGUAGAAUGCCAGUACCAUUUAGAGG